CAGGAGUCCCAACUUUAUGAAAUAAUGAAGCUUUAUUAUUUUAUAUGAAAUUUGAAAAAGAAAGAAAACAACAGUGGAGAAAAGUAUUUUUGAACCUUUCAAGCUGGAAUUUGAGGAGUAUCAACCCCACAUGUCCACAUUUUUCAUUCACACCUAUAUAUAAACAACACCAAGAAAAUAAAAAAGGCUGGAUUCAUGCCUUUACAGAACUAACAGAUCUUUACUUCCUUAAAAAGAAUCGAAAGAUCAAUUUUUUUUUCCUUCUUUUUUUUAAUCUCCCAAAUCUUGAUCUCUGGUUUUCUGGAACUGGAUUCACUAGAAUCAGUUGAUGGGUUCUUUCUGUUUCUGAAUUCUUGAAAAUGGGUUCGUCGUUGUUCAACAAGCAGAGAACUGUUCAUCAGAUUCUUGGGGGAGGUUUUGUUGCAGAUGUGAUGCUAUGGAGAAGGAGAGAUCUAACAGUGGGAAUAUUGAUUGUAACUUUGGCUGCUUGGAUGAUGUUUGAGAUUUCUGGUUACACACUUCUCUCAUUUACCUCAAAUGUGUUGUUGCUCCUAUUCACCAUUCUUUUCCUGUGGGCUAAAUCAGCAGCAAUUUUGAACAGACCUGCUCCUCCUCUGCCUCAUCUCCAUCUCUCACAAGAAACUGUAAAUGAAGCAUCCACUUUGAUAUGCAAUUACAUGAACACAAUACUCUGCGUGUCCGAAGACAUUGCCCUCGGAAGGGACUCGAAGGCGUUUGUGAGAGUCGGACUUGUGCUCAUCACGGUCUCCGUGAUUGGGAGCCUCACGAGUUUCCUCAUCCUAGGCUACAUUACUCUUGUUCUGGUUCUUACGGUUCCAGCAGUUUAUGAAAGAUAUGAGCUCCAAAUUGAUGAUUAUGCUGUGAUGGGCUGCAGAAAAGUGCAGCACCUAUAUUUGAGAUUACACCAAGAAUACAUCUCCAAGGUUCAUCAAUGGAAGAAAAAAUUGAGCUGAUGAUCGACAUCCCUUUUGUUUCUCCUCAUAUUUUGCUUGAAAAACGAACAACAUAUAAAGAACUAGAGCUUAUUAUGAGAUGUUAUGAUCUUAUUUUGCAAAA